GAAAAGCUCUGUGGGUUUGAAUGUGUGAGUGAGUUGACAAUUUUCUUAUCAAAAAGAGGCAGCAGAGAAUUUUCAAUUUAUUUAUAUCCUCGGGAUGAAAACAGCGUAAUUCUGCGUCCGAGUGAUCAUUUGUGGACCAGCAGUUGUGCCGGGAACAGUGUUUGGUUUAAUCUUGGUAGAAAAUUGUGGAGAAAAUCUCGAGUGAAAAUGGUGCUGUGUCAGUCAAUGGUUAGGGCAUGCCGGGUAGCUAUUAGGGGUCCGGGAAGGGUUUUUCUGGUCAAAUCACAUGCUCCAGCUGCAGCUGUGGUAUCCCGCUCUUUCAGUCUACAAACUAUCUGCCAUGCAGACCGAAGAUACACGGAUAAACAUGAAUGGGUAUCUGUUGAGGGAACAGUGGGUACUGUAGGGAUUUCACAGUAUGCCCAGGAGGCACUUGGGGAUGUGGUUUAUGCUCAGUUGCCGGAUGUUGGUACAAAUCUCAGCCAGAAGGAUGAAUGUGGAGCUCUGGAGAGUGUGAAGGCAGCCAGUGAAUUGUACUCACCGGUGUCCGGAAAGGUGACAGAGAAGAAUACAGCUGUUGAGGAUACUCCUAGUCUCAUUAAUACAUCAUGCUAUGACAAGGGAUGGCUGUUCCGGGUGGAACUGAGCAAACCUGAAGAAGUUGAUGCCCUGAUGGAUGAGAAACAGUAUAAGGAAUUCCUCAAGAAUGAGGAUCACUGAGCUUUUGAUACUGUUAUCCGGGAUAGAUUCAUUUGUCGCCAGGAGAGUUGUUGUGCCAUCUCGGCACAAGUAGCUCGUCCACCAAAGCUUAUCAACCCUGCUUCCAGGGCGAAAGACAGUUCAAACAUAAACUGAUAAACUGCUGCAAUUUUUUCAUUUGAUUCCUAGUUACGUAAUAUUGCUCCCUGAUUUUAGCCACAAUUGUAACUCGGUUGUAUUAAAAUUCAUAAAUACGAGAUAAA